AUGUAUCGCUUUGUUUACAUGACUUAUCUUCAGGACUCAGCUAGCCUGAUGCUGGACGGCCAAGCCCCCAUGGAGGCUCAGUAUGCAGAGGAGGGCCCAGGGCCCGGGAUCUUCAGAUCUGAGCUGGGAGACCCACUACGGAGACCGGAGGCCCAGCAGCAACCCAUCUCUCUGUCAAGACGCUGGUGCUCCAGGCGGCGUGGCUGUGCAGUGCUGGGAGCCCUGGGGCUGCUGGCUGGGGCGAGUGUCGGCUCAUGGCUUCUAGUGCUGUAUCUGUGGCCAGCUGCCUCUCAGCCUGUUCCGCGGAACUCGCAGGAUGAGGAGAUGACUUUGAACUGCUCAGAGGCCAGCGGUGGCGAGGAAGCCCUCCUCCCCUCAAUUCCCAAAGCAGUAUCUUUCAGAAUAAACAAGGAGGACUUCUUGCUGCAAGUACAGGUGAGGGCCCGGCCAGACUGGCUCCUGGUCUGCCACGAGGGCUGGAGCUCUGCCCUGGGGGUGCGGAUCUGCCGCAGCCUGGGGCACCUCAGACUCACUCACCACAAGGGAGUGAACCUGUCUGACCUCAAGCUCAACAGCUCCCAGGAGUUUGCUCAGCUCCCUCCUAGACUGGGAGGCCUCCUGGAGGAGGUGUGGCAGCCCAGGGACAACUGCACUUCUGGCCAAAUCGUUUCCCUCAAAUGCUCUGAGUGUGGGGCAAGGCCCCUGGCUUCCCGGAUAGUCGGGGGGCAGGCCGUGGCUCCUGGGAGCUGGCCAUGGCAUGCCAGCGUGGCCCUGGGCUCCCGGCACACGUGUGGGGGCUCCGUGCUGGCGCCACACUGGGUGGUGACCGCUGCGCACUGCAUGCACAGUUUCAGGCUGUCCCGCCUGUCCAGCUGGCGGGUCCGUGCGGGGUUGGUCAGCCACAGCAUGGUCAGGACACACCAGGGGGCUGUGGUGGAGAGGAUCAUCCCCCACCCACUCUACAGCGCCCAGAAUCACGACUAUGACGUCGCCCUCCUGCGGCUCCGGACCCCACUCGAUUUCUCAGACACCGUGGGCGCUGUGUGCCUGCCGGCCGAGGAGCAAGAUUUUCCCAGGGGCUCGCAGUGCUGGGUGUCUGGCUGGGGCCACACUGACCCCAGCCAUGCCCACAGCUCAGACACACUGCAGGACAUGGUGGUGCCCCUGCUCAGCACCCAGCUCUGCAACAGCUCUUGCGUGUACAGCGGGGCCCUCACCCCCCGCAUGCUGUGUGCCGGCUACCUGGACGGGAGGGCCGAUGCAUGCCAGGGGGAUAGCGGGGGUCCCCUGGUGUGCCAGGAUGGGGGCACAUGGCGCCUGGUGGGGGUGGUCAGCUGGGGCCAUGGCUGUGCAGAGCCCAAUCACCCCGGUGUCUACGCCAAGGUUGCUGAGCUCCUGGACUGGAUCCAGGACACAGCAUGGGUGCACUAGAUGGAGGAGAAGCAGCGGCUCCUGAUGCAGAAGGCAUGGAUCCCCCAUCACUGCACAAGAGACUGUCACCUUCCAUGGGCCAGCCUCCAGGCCACAUGGCCUCUCCCCUUGGGCCCUGAUUUCCAGUCCCUCUAGCUCACCAGAGAGCAUCAUUGACAGGAGAGAGGCUGGGGCUGGGCUGGGAAGGUGGGGGAGCUGAGAGGUGUGGGGGAGGAGCUGGAGAGGAAGAGGCUGCUGGCAGCAGGUGGGAGCCAGCCUUCUGCCCUCUUUCCUCCCCAGCCCCUAUGUGCAUCUUUUGGGAGGAUGCUCAGGGAUAUCCUGGGCCUUCUCCCUGUGUGCUCAAGGGGGAAGUGCCUCCCUAGAGAAGCCCUGGCUUGGAGGCUUCUAGGCAGAUGGGGUCAGGGCUAGCCAGCCCAGAUUAAGCCCAUGGAGUCAGGAUCCUCUCCCCUCUCCAGUUGGUCUCGCCUACUUCUUGUUCUCACCUGGCUCUGGCUGGCCCUGCUUGGGUGGGGUCGCUGCAAAAACACUCAGGUUGGUGUUGAAAUAGGGUGUUGGUUUUAGAAUAACAGUUCUGUGAACUGGUCCAAGGAGUUCUGCUAUUAA